AUGACUGUUCUCAGCACCUUGACUCCUGUCCCCUCGGAUGAGAUCUUCGAUCUGAACCGUGCCUACGCCAAUGACUCUUUCCCUCAAAAGGUCAGCCUGGGAGUUGGUGUCUACCGCACUGACGAUGGCAAGCCCUGGCCUCUUCCCGUCGUGCGUGAGGCUGAGAAGCAGCUCCUGGCUGAAGACAGUCUUUUCAGACAUGAAUAUACCGCCAUUGAGGGUGACAUUCCUUUCGUUGGGAUGGCUCGCGAUCUGAUGUUUGGCUUUGAAGGCAAGGCCGACGAAACUGCCGCCAAGGGAAGAAUCGCGUCUGUUCAGACCGUCGCUGGCACUGGAGCGAACCACUUGGGUGCUCUCUUCCUGGCCAUGCACAUGAAGCCCAAGAAUGUCUGGCUUUCCAACCCGUCCUGGGCUAACCACAUGACUAUCUGGGAAUUGGCGGGUGUCCCCAGAAAGACUUACCCUUACUACAAGCCGGCAACUCGCUCCUUCGACUUUGAGGGCAUGAUGUCCACUCUCGAGGCAGAGGGUCAGGAGGGCGAUAUCAUUCUCCUCCAUGCUUGCGCGCACAACCCCACUGGACUCGACCCUACCAAGGAGCAGUGGAAGGCCAUUGCAGACAUCUGUGAGCGCAAGAAGCUGUUCCCGUUCUUUGACUCUGCGUACCAGGGUUUCGCUUCCGGAUCCGUUGAGGAGGAUGCCUGGGCGGUUCGCUACUUCUUCAACGAGAAGCCGUCGAUGGAAAUGUGCGUUGCCCAGAGUUUCUCCAAGAACUUUGGUCUCUAUGGCCAGCGCGUUGGCGCCUUCCACUUUGUCUUGGAAAAGGAUGGCCAGAAGAAGGGCGACCAGAACAUGAGAGACAUGGUCGUCAACAACCUCUGCCACAUCAUUCGGGGAGAGUUCUCCAUGGGCCCUACCGCGGGUUGCAGCAUUGUGAAGAAGGUCCUCACCGACGAGUCGCUUGCUGCUCAGUGGCACGAGGAUCUGAAGGUGAUGAGCUCUCGGAUCAAGUCCAUGAGACAGGCUUUGUACAACGAGCUUGUCAGACUGCAGACCCCUGGAACCUGGGAACAUAUUAUCCAACAGAACGGAAUGUUUUCCUACACUGGCCUCACUCCCAAACAGGUCUACUCCCUCAAGGACAAAUACCACAUCUACAUCCUCAAGUCUGGCAGAGCUUCCAUCAGCGGUCUGAGCGAAAAGAAUGUCGCCUACGUCGCACAAGCCAUCGACGAGGUCGUCCGAAACGUCGACUAA